AUGAAUGAUAAUCUACGGGCACGUGCCUAUUCUGGAGUAAAUGAACUUGAACCAGUUGCAGUUGCAACAUCAGGAUUGAAUAAAAAUAGUUCCCAGACAAAUUCUAAAACCAAGAUCAAUUUCUCUCCAGGCUUUGUUGGGCCAACCCUUAAAGGUCGAAACAAACGAAAAGGUGCAGGGCUUACCGACACACCUGAAAAAGAUGCGCUUGAGGAAAACAAACCAUCAGUCGAAACCUCAAGAAAUCAAAAGGAAUAUUGA